AUGUCGCCCUGGAUCAAAAGAAAUAGCCUGGACGAGUCCGGGUCUGCUAUUCAUGGUGAUCCAGAUGCCCAGCAUAGAUCUGAACCCACCGAACGCUCGAGAUUACUUCCUGAUAAUAAUGAGGGAUACCUGAGCCCUGAUGAUCCGGCGGUAUCGCCCUACAAUCUAUGGAGCGUGCGCGCCCUGCGCGGCGUAUCGAUUAUAGCUCUAGCGGCCAGCUUCAUAUGGUGGACCUUCCUUCUGGUGUCGAUCUUCGUCAGUCCACCGAUGAUCCACACGCGCGGAUCGGGAUUCUUCGCUUUCUCAUACACAACUCUGGCAACAGGAUACCUAGUCUUAGGCCUGAUGUUCUUCUCUGUACCAUCGAAGCCCAUGACCAUUUGGGGCAUAACGCUAGCCGUUCUACUGCUCGUCGAUAUGAUUAUCAUCCUUGCUGUGCCUCGUAUUCGCCUCGAGGAGGGCUGGGUCGGCAUUGCCUCUGUUGUUUGGGUGACGCUGAUUUCUAUCUAUCAGGUUGUACAGAAUCGGGCGGUCGCUUGGGGGAAAAAGGAGGAAGAGGAGCGCCUUACUGGUCGUGAGGAGACGAGGCGCUCGUUGUUGGAGUGGGUUGCUGUUUUCGCCGAGACGAUUUUGUUGGCCGUUAUGGCAAUUGCUGCGGUGUUGUUCACGGCGACGCUUGUUCUGCGCGCUUUUGAUGCUGGGUUGGAGCCUCGCGGUGAGAGGUAUUUGGUUCAUGGAGACUCUUAUCAAGUUCACCUCGCUUGUGUUGGAAACAAGACUGCCACCAAUUCGAAUUCUCCAACGAUUCUUCUCGAAGGUGGGCAUGGACCCGUCGAGCAUACCCUGCAGCCUUUCAUCGACGAUGUCUAUAACAGAGGAUCUAUCAGCCGAUACUGUUAUUGGGAUCGGCCAGGAUUCGGGUGGUCUGACAAUGCCCCUUCACCUCAUUCAGCGGGUAUGUCAGCAGAUGUGCUGGCAGAGGCUUUGGCUCUUGCAGAAGAGACCGGUCCUUGGGUAGUUGUCUCCGCGGGAGUUGGAAGUCUCUAUUCUAGACUGUUUGCUAGUCGCAACACCCUCGAGGUUCGCGGUAUCUUCAUGAUCGACCCACUUCACGAAGCAUACCUGGGCGAUCUCGGGCGACCUGGCCGUGGCUUCUUGCUGUGGCUCCGAGGUAUCGUCUCCCCGCUGGGACUCGAUAGACUUGCUGGCGCCAUCCUACGAGGCCGCUCUCGCGAAGAUCGUGUUAUGGGUCGCUCGGCCUACCAGACUGGAAAGUACAUCAAAGCCAAGCUUCAGGAGAGUCUCGUUGCUGUUACAAUGACUGCAGCAGAGGUACAGACUGCUCGACAUGUCCAGAUGGGCAAUGUCCCCGUGGUUGUUGUGAGCUCUGGCCAGGAGGUUCGAAAGGAUUCUCUCUGGUCAAAGCGACAAGAGGAUCUGUCUCAUAUUACAAACAACCUUCUCUCCUGGGAUGUGGCAGAGGAUGCACCGCAUGAAGUAUGGUCGACUGGACAAGGUCGGGAGAUCUUGGAAAGACGCUUGAAGGAUCUUGUUCAAGAGAGCGAAGCGUUUUAG